CAUAGUUUGAGAUUUUUAUUUCCAGACAUUUGAUAUUUCAACUCUGACUAAUCGAAUUCGUGCGUAUUAAUAAUGAAACGAGGUCGUCGAUGCAAAUUGUUUGUUUGUGAAGAAAUCAUAAUCAACAUACUGAAUCGUUUGCCUUUAAAAUCGCUAGAAAAGUUUAAAUGCAUAUCGAAGAAUUGGCGAAAGUAUAUUGCUGAAAUUUACAGGCGCCGUUUCCAGUGGCCUGAACCCUAUCUACUCGGUUUCUUUUGCUUAGAGAAACGUUCCCAAAGUUGUUUCUUCUAUUCAUCAAAGGAAUCACCACUUGUAAUCGGUUCUAGUUUGGAUGAAUCAGUCAAUUUUAUUGGUGAGAAAGUGUAUAUUGUUGCUUCUUCCAACGGUUUUCUACUAUGCAAUAAGCUUAGAAGUAGGCAUAGGGUUUAUUAUGUUUAUAAUCCUGCCACAAGGCAGCGUUUGGAUGUCCCUAAAACUCCAAUCUCUAUGGAUGAUCCAUACAUCGGAUUUACUUGUAAGGUAGGUGAGGAUCAUGGCAUUGUCUCGUUUACUAUAGUUCGUUAUGUAAUUAGCGAACACUAUCAGAGUAGUAUAACAAUUGAAAGUUUCUCUUCAGAGAUUAAUGUGUGGACUGAUUAUAAGCUAAUUGUUGAUGUACCUCAUGCAUUGUAUCCUUCUUUGGAUGGGACUUCGUUAUCAUCUGCUGGUGUAGUUGAUGGAAUCUUCUUUUGGCUUAAUUAUACAUUGAUCACUAUUUAUGAUAGUGUAAACAAGUGUUUUUGGGCUUUGGAAUUACCUGAAAACUUGUUUAUCUAUUAUCCCCGUAGUUGUUGUCUUGGAUUAUCAGGCGGGGAGCUCUGUUUUGCAUCGAAUCGUUGGACAACAACCAUCACUUGUUGGCGACUCAACAAUUUUCCUAGUCGAGAUAAUGCUGAAUGGGUUAUAAAGUAUGUUAUAAAUGUUGCUACUAUAAUUAAAAAAUAUCCCAAGUAUUUUGGAGUUGGAGACGGUUUUGCUAAGGUUCAGAACAUGGUUUUUCAUCCUGCUCUUCCACACAUCUUGUAUUUGCAAAUAAAAGACAAGGUUAUUUCUUAUGAUGUGAAAACUCGUAAGACAGAACUUGUGUAUGAUUUUGGAGAAGCUUGGCGGAAGACAAAAUGCUACAAAUUGUUUUCCUAUGAGUGGCCUCAAUGGCCGCGUCUUCUGUAGCCAGGUUCUGAGACCAGUACUAGCACUAGGUGAUUCUCUCUUUUGAGUUGGCAAUUUAUCGAAGUUCCCAGAUGUAGUUGCUUGGCUGUUCUAUAGCUUCCGGACGUCUCUAUCUUGUUUAUUUCCUGUCAUUAUCCUUCGGACAGUUGUAUUUAUUUCGUAUUCAUACUCAUGUCACUGGAUUUUUCAGGUUGUAUUUGUUUUCUUUUGAAUUUCUGUGUUGAUUUAUGAAAGUAUGACCUUAAAACUUUACUUCCG